AUGACCGAUACUUCCGACUCGUCAAGAUCUGUAAACCACGAUCAUGGGCUAACGGUGCCAUCAAACCAACAUCAACCCCUCAAUAGAAACACCAGCGGCGACGCGUCUCCUGCCGAUUCUUCAAUCAGUAAUACCUCACAUACCACGGAUUCUUUCAUAUCUCCAAUAUCCAAACUGGUCAGACCAAACAGAAAAAGAGAUCGGGGUGAGCCGACAAUGUAUAAGCGGUGGACCGUGAAAAUGACAAACGAGUUCAGCCGGCUAUUGGUCAAGAACAAAGGACAUAGAAUUGAAGCCAGUAAUAGCUUCACAAAUUCCGGUUUUAGAAAGAUUCAGGACGAGCUCAAAGUGUUGUUUCCUGAUCAGUGGGAGAUGAAUAAAUUUCAAAUCAAAAAGUUGAGAGAAAAGCUAAAACAAAUCAAUAACGAAAUACUAGGUUUCAAAAAAUUGAUGUUGAAUGAAAGUAUGGUAAUGUGGUCGGUCGCUGAAGGUAAACUAUAUCUCGCAAAUAUCCCAAAAGUUGAUGAUUUGAAGAAAAAAUCCGCCAGUGGAGUUUAUUCAGGGCUAUCUUGGAAUAGUAUUCGAAGGUAUAUCUCUGGAGGCUGUCACUACAUUUAUUUGCAUUCUGUGGAAUUUUUUAUUGACACAAAUUAUGAAAAUAUAAAGUGCAGCGACAUUUUCAAGAACCUAAGUUUGAGAAAAGUGUUUAGGCCAGCCAGCGUCGAAGAAAUCAUGAAAACUAUCGAAGAAACCACUAACCUUGAUGAAGAUGGCAACACAUUAGAAAAUGAUGAAUUGAAUGAGGAAAAUAUCCCAAUUUAUAAUCCUCAUCAGAUAGAUAUGAUGCCUUUAUAUUCUAGUUCAAGUCAACCACCUUCCUCAACAAAAAUUACCACUCCAACCAUUUCAGAUUCUUCACAACUACAUAGUAAUACUGCUCCACCAACCGCUAAUGGAGCAGCUCUUCAUCCCCGUCCAAUUCCUCCAAUGCCACAAAUACCUUUACCACAAGUCUAUCCUUCUCAAAAUGGUAAUUAUGCUACUUACCCUUCGCAUCAUCAACAUCAUCAACAUCAUCAUAUUCAUCAUCAUUCUGCUCCACCACCUCCACUACCACAUGCUCCACCGCCACCGCCUCCUCCUCCUCCUCCUCCACCACCUCCUCCUCUGGGCCCUAAUAAUCAAUAUUUCGAAGGUUUCAUAUCCAUGCCGUACCAACCUAAUCCUUUGAGAAGUAUGGGUAAUCCACUGGUCCCCCCUUCCACAGAACCGGGGUUACAGCAAGCUCUGGCAACUUCUCAACCCCAGAUAUCCAGUUCUGCAUCAGUGAAUAACAUAUUAAAUGGUGGGAAACCUCCAUCGAUCUCUAGCUUAAUUUCAAACCGUUAUUCUAUCUCUCAAGAUAAAUCUAAUGAAAAAUCUGAGGAAAAAAUUGAUAGUGCCUCUCCUGAUGACGAAAAUACCCACGGAGCUGUUGUACAUGAUGAAGGUUCUGAAGAAACCCCUACUGCCGAUAAAUCAAAAAAAGUCGGUGGCUCGGAAUCGGAACCUGGCCAUGAAUCUUCUGAUCAGAACGAAAGCAAUUCGGGAAUUACCACCAAUCCAAAUAAUCCUGCAAGUAUUCCGUAUCCUGUCCCAGGAUUUGAUCCAAACUCAUACAUUAGGCUCAGAAACUCUAUGCACCGAAAUAGCAGCGUCAGCAGUGGGACUAGAAGAUCACUAUCAUUUUUGGACACGGUUUGGAGUUUGAACAAUGGUGGCGUUUACUUCCCAAAUAGCAAUGGCAAUAGUAUUGGUGGUGCGGAAAUGUUUCCUGGAGGAAGCUUUUCCAUGAUGAGUGGCGCACCAACAUCCAUGCCCUCGCAUACUAAUGGAUCCGGAACUUCAGUUAACCCUACUGGGGUCAAUCCUAACAGUGUGAUGAAUAAUUCUGGCCCGCAUAAUGUUGCCGGUAACUCUCCUCAGGAUACUGAUGUUGGAGAAGCACAAACUGCUCUUGGAAAUGGUAGCGGCCCGCCAGGUACUCUUAAUGGUAUUCCUCUUGAUAUGGUAAAUUACGGCAAUACCACUAAUCAAAUGAAUAGUUUGAUGAUGGUGCUACUUGCAAGACGGAAAAACCUUGAUGAUGCUAAUGAUUUCUUGAGGAAAUUAAGAAAUUUGGGGAUCAUUAAUGCCAAGCAGUUCAUCUCGUUGGGUGAAAUUGUUUCCACAAAUGAUAGUUUUUUGUAUUUCUUGAUUGGUGAAGAUGUAACAUUUGAAGAAAAGGUUAACUUGAUCAAAGACUAUAUUAACGAAUAG